UACACCACGCACACAUCCGCGGCCAGAAGAUGCUACGACACACGCUGCUAGUUCUUGCCCUUGUCGGUUGCGUGCUGGGAGCGAGACUGCCCGUGCGUCGCCUGGUGAACAGCGGACAUCGGAGUAGGGUGGGCGCCGCAGCUGGCCGCAUCGUGGGGGGCCAGGAAGCCACCAGCGGGCAGUUCCCGUACCAAGUGUCACUGCAGUAUACUAAACUGUUCACCCGAUCACAUACGUGUGGAGGCUCCAUCAUAUCCACCACGAGGGUGCUCACCGCUGCUCACUGUAUCAUGGACACCGGCACCUACUAUGCGGUGGCUGGAGAAGUGGACUUCUCCUCUGAAGACGGCACCGAGCAGGAGUCGCAGGUUCUUCAGCAGAUCCCGCACCCCGACUUCCCAGGGGGUCUUCAGAUACACCCAAACGACAUCGCUGUCUUCACGCUGAGCUCCGCUUUCUCCCUCAACUCUUACGUGCAGACUAUUCCUCUGGCCAGCGCUGGAUCCAUUCCGACAGCUGGUUCGACUGGGAUUGCUUCCGGUUGGGGCGCCACCGCUUACACUGAGGCACCUGAUAUCCUGCAGUGGGUGGAGGUGACUAUCGUCGACUUCCCGACUUGCCGCCAGCUGAUCGACGACAUGGGCAUAGAGGACAACUUCGUGGUGGACACCAUGGUGUGCACCGGCCCCGUCACCGGUGGCAUCAGCCUUUGCGGCGGUGACUCUGGUGGACCUUUGGUGCAAGACGGGGUGUUGAUAGGCGUGGCCCAGUGGGCUUACGGCAUGUGCGGCUUCGAGGGCGCUCCAUCCGGUUGCACCAGGGUCUCCGCCUUCAUCGAUUUCAUCAACGACAACCUGUAAUCUCGCUUUUAAU